AUGGAUCUAAGGAAGUCUAGGAAAUCUGAUGAUGAUAUAGAUAACAAGGAGCUAGUUAAAAACUCAUCAGAAGAGUUUUGUCUUAGUAAAAAGAAGAAGAAAGAAUCAAAAAAGGCAUUGGUCAAAUUCAAUGAGACAUUAGAAGAUUCAUCUGAAGAAGAAGGGGGGAAUGAAGAAAGAGAAAGCAACACAGAAGAACAAGAAGCAAGCAAUGGAGAUGAAGAUCAAGCAAGCAGUGCAGAAGCGGAAACUAAAGAAGAAAAUGAAGAACCUCAAGAAUCUGUGGAAUCAAAGGAUACUCAAAUUGCUAAUCUACAUCAAAGACUAAAGGUCAUUGAUGGCUAUGGAGAGAUCCUAUUUGCUGACCAAAGGAGAAAAGGACAACAACCAAUUUCAUCUUGCGAGACCAAGGAGGCUGUGGGUCAGCACGCCGAGUCAUCCGAGAAUAGAGACAAUGACGCUGGCUCGGGUUCUGCUAGUGGAGAUGAUGUUGAGUCAGGCUCUGAGGCAGAGAGCAGUGAUGACUCUGGUUCAGACUCCGGUUCAGAGGGAGGUGCAGACAGCGGCGCUGACGGAGACAGUUCUGAGACCCUGCCUAGGAAAAUGACGAAAAGGACCUCUUGA